AUGCCGUCUGGAAGCUUGCAAUCCGCAGAGCCGGAAGACGUGCCAUUGGUAGCAUCCAUUGACGUAGGGACCACGUCAUCGAGAGUGAUUUUAUUCAAUAUUCAGGGCCAGGAAGUGUCGAAACACCAAAUUGAAUAUUCUACCUCUGCUUCAAAGGAGCGUUUCGCGUCUGUGGGUGCCAGACGGUUUUCCGUGGACUCCUCCACGGCUGCAGGUACGGCUAUGUCAAACGGCAGUCCCAAGAGUACAGCUGGUUCUUCCACCGUCUCACAGCCCAUUUUUUCGGCGGAAGGUAUCGCUAUUGAGGCCACGGAAUAUCUGGAGAUUGAAGAUUUCGACAGACCCUCCAGACCAACCCUUAGUUUCCCGCAGCCCGGUUGGGUCGAAUGUGAUCCGCUUGGAAUCCUAGCCCAUGUUCUUCAAUGCUUUGCUGCAAACCUCAUUUCCAUGGACAGUGUGAAUGGUGACAGGGUUUCCGCAAAUUUGCCCCCUUACCGUAUCCAGUGUAUCGGUAUUGCAAAUAUGCGUGAGACCACUUUAGUGUGGUCCAAAAAGACAGGAGCACCUAUUGUUGACUAUGGUAUAGUCUGGAAUGAUACGCGGAACAGCGGCAUCGUCACAGAAAAACGCAACAGCACGCCACAAGAGCUGCAAGAUCAUCUCAGAGCCAAGACUGGACUGCCUUUAUACUCGACUUAUUUUUCGUGUUCCAAGUUACGCUGGCUACUUGAUAAUGAACCUAAAGUUCGCGAUGCCUAUGAGGCUGGAGAUCUCAUGUUCGGAACGGUUGAUACGUGGCUAAUAUAUCAUCUUACCACAAACCACGCCUUUGUCUCAGACAUCACCAAUGCGUCCCGUACUGGAUUUAUGAACUUGGAUACUUUGGAUUACGACGACGAGUUAUUGAAAUAUUGGGACAUAUCCCGCGACAAGAUCCAUAUGCCAAAAAUUGUUUCGUCGUCUGAGUACUAUGGCGAUUUUUCGGUACCGGAGUGUGUCAAAUCCAAGCUCACCUCUGUGGCCUGGUCCCUUUUGUGUGACUUUAUGGAAAGAACGCCUGCGGUGCCAAUUCAGGGUUGUCUUGGCGACCAAAGUGCAUCCUUAGUUGGACAGCUAGCCUUUAAACCUGGUGCCGCUAAAUGUACCUACGGUACAGGUUGUUUUUUACUAUACAACACGGGAAAGAAAAAGCUGAUUUCAUCGCAUGGUGCUUUGACUACGUUUGGCUACUGGUUCCCCCAUUUAGAAGACGAAGAGCAUGCCCAGCCCCAUUUUGCCCUUGAAGGUUCGGUGGCCGUAGCAGGUGCCGUGGUACAAUGGCUUCGUGAUAACUUGCGUUUGAUACCAAAGGCAGAGGAUAUCGGUCCUCUAGCUUCAAGGGUAAGCGACAGUGGUGGCGUGGUCUUUGUGCCCGCUUUUUCGGGGCUUUUCGCCCCAUAUUGGGAUGCCAGCGCAAGAGCUACGAUUAUGGGGAUGUCACAACAUACCACCUCGUCACAUCUCGCCCGUGCUGCAGUGGAAGGUGUAUGUUUCCAAGCGAGAGCUAUUCUCAAAGCCAUGAGCUCGGAUGCUGCCGGAGAAGGUGCUAAAGACAGAGAUUUCUUGGAAGAUGUUGUGGACGGAACAUACGAAAAGGCGCCGUUGUCGGUACUAGCUGUAGAUGGUGGAAUGUCCAAGUCUAAAGAGGUUAUGCAAAUCCAAGCGGACAUUUUGGGUCCCUGUGUUAAAGUAAGAACGUCUGCGAGCUCCGAGUGUACCGCGCUCGGUGCCGGUAUUGCUGCCGCCCUUGCUUACGAAAAGCGUGAGGAUCGCAGACUGUGGAAAGACCUCAAAGACGUCAAGAGGUGGAUAAUGUAUGGCGGCGAAGAGUCUGCCGGCAAGAUCAAAGAGACCGGGGGGUCGUCACAAUCAAGAACCUUCAGAUCUCAGUCCGAGGACAACGACAGAAGACGGAAGUGGAAGUUGUGGGAGGCUGCAAUUGAGAGAUGUAGAGGCUGGGCGGAUAUCAUGAACGAUGGGAUGGGUACGAUGCAGAAUGGUACCGCUGCUGCUAAGAACGUGUAG